AUGUCCACCCUCCCAACGACCCGCACCCUCCUGACAUCACUCUUCAACAGCCUCACAGCCACCACGCAACAACAACCAGCAAAUCCUCCAGCAGUCAACGAGCCCUAUGACCCACCCAGCAAUCCACUCAAGAACCUCUCAUCUUCUCACAGAGCGCUGCUAUCGACCAUGCACGUGCUCUUCACCCCGCCUAUGCUGCUGCAAGCACUGGAUUUAUUGGAUCGAGGGUUGGUUGAAAGGGUAGUGGAGGCAUCGUCUGAGUCCAUGGAUGAGACUCGGGCCAAAGCUCAGGACCUUGAACAGGUACAGGGUCAAGGGAGUGGGCCAACUCUUGAGUCUGUAGGAGAAGGAAGAAAGGAAAAUACCGGAAUCGCAAGAGAGGUCUUCCCACCACAAGCAAACAUCCACUUACCCUCCUCUCCGCGAUUGCCUAAACAGGCUUCUUCUUUUCAAUCCCAUCAGCAGCCCCUGCCACCAAGUACUAGUACCAGAAAUCAGCAACAACUCCGAAGAAAAAACACCGUCUACCAAGUCCGCUCCUCCCAACCACCCAAAUCUCGCUUCAGAGACGCAACUUCUUCAACAUCUAACUCAAGCGGUAAUAUAUACACCGUCCGUCUCGAAGCCUGGAAUUGUAGCUGUGCAGCUUUUGCGUUUGCGAGUUUCCCCGCGAGUUCGGUGUAUCCGUCUAGAGCGGCUUGGAAAUUGGAUUUGGAUCUAGAUGAGGAUGAGGCUGGCGGUGGGGAGGAUGUCACUGUGGGUGGAUUUGGACUUGUUGAUGAGCAGAGGGGAGGAGCUGGUACGAAUGAGAGAGGAAAGAGAAAUGGGGAAGAUGAGGGAGAGAGGUGGGAGUUUGGAGGGAUGAGUAUGGAUGGGAAAGGAGCAGGAGGUGGGGGAGUGCCCUGUUGUAAGCAUUUGCUUGCUUGUGUUUUGGGGGAGAGGUGGGAUGUUUUGAUACCGUAUGUUAAGGAGAGGUUUGUUUCGAGGGAGGAGAUGGCUGGGUUAGGGUGUGAGUGA